AUGUACGCUGGGACAGUGGGCACCAUCAUCGCCAACAACUUCAUCACGGACUUUCAAUUCGGGGCUGUGCAGUGCGGGCAGGGCGACGGGAACGUGGCGGAUUGCAUGCUCAACACGAUUCAGGACAACCUCAUCACGGCUGAGAGUACCAUCUACCCCGUGCCGAAUGGGGACGGGUCCGGAAUUUACUACGACCUGCACUGGUACAACCCUGGCAAUCUGGACACGUGCAACUACAUCAUAGGGGGCACGCACUGCUACUACCUGGACUUCGUCACAUCAGGGCUCACCAUUGAUGGCGCCGUGUGCAUUCGCAACCACGACGGCGUCAAGAUCAACACUGGGCAUGCAGUAGAAACACCACACCUCAUCCCUAUUGGCUUUUCAGUCAUUCCUCUUGCCUCUUCCUUCAUCGCCCUUCUUCUCACCCCUCUUGCCGCUUCUUUUCCCCAUCCUCUGCCUCGUUCCUUCCUGCUCUGCCUGCGACGUCCGCCUCUCCUCCAUAUCCGCUCUCCCACUCUCCCCGCACUCCCCACUCCGCCCACUCCCCCACAGCAACAAGAUCCAGAGUGUGAUUGUGGUGAAGCCGACGUGGCAGUCGGGCAUCAUGAGCUGUCAGAACUGGUGCGACAACAACUGCAACUCCUGGGCGGGGAGAGGGCUCGGCCACAAGUGGUAUACCACCUUCAUCUCGCGCUUCGAAACGCCUGGCUGGCGCAAGGUACAAUGCAAUUUGAGUCGGCUGACAAGUCACAGGGCUCAGCUUUAAGUGGUAUACCACCUUCGUCCCAAUCUUCGAAACGCCUGGCUGGCGCUAGGCAUCCCAUGCAACCCCACAUCUCCACCCGUCCAUCCUUCCUUUCUCACUCUCCUUCCCCCGCCACUGCUUCCCCCUCUUUCCAGAACUGGCCGUUCCUGUCUGAUCUGUGCCAUCGCACGGAGUGGGCGCCAGGCAUCCCGUGCAACCCCACGCCGCCCGUGGAAGCCGCUAAGAACUGGACCGGAUACUGCUCGCAGCACCUACACUACAACAACGGCAAGCAGCUCUCCGCGAGCGCGAAUGUCACGGCGAAUUGCAGCGGCGUUCCCGGGCUGAACCACGUCGAGAUGAUCGUGAUCAACGGGACUGGCAACAGGUGGAAUCCGUAUUAUAUCAACUGCGACGCGCUGCCGUCCGUUCGUCCGACGAAUAACAUCACGACUACUUCGAUUAACUACCCCUGGGGUUUUUUCGAUUUCGAUAACGCGACGGGAGAGGAUUUCGGCGUGUCGAAUCUUAGCUCGCGGAUGUAUCAGCUCUACCCGCAUUUUAUGACGUGCAGCAGGAGGAGGGCGGGAAUCCAGCGCCAAAUGCGGGCGUUAUCGGCUGCCGCGAGUACUAUCCAGUCUUCUUUCGGAGUUAACCCUGCCUCAUGGUGGCACGACGUAUACGCCUCAGUUCCGUACAACAAGGAGAUGAGCAACAGGAUUGUAUCGGAGAAGCUUUUGAAGAGGAUAAGCACAAAUCGCCCGCGGCAGAAUCCAGGGCAGAAAGAGAAGAAACCUGGCAACGGCGGGAUGGGAUUCCAGAAGCCGACGAUUCCGAUUGGUGGAGGCGGAGGCAGCAAGGAAGGCUGGUCCCUUGGUAAUUGGUGGACGAGGAGGAAAACGCUCGAACGCGGAGGUGGUUCUGCUGGCGCGGAUGACGAGGAAGUGGAGGAAGAAUCCGCUGAGCAGGAGGGGGGAUUCGUUGAGCAGGAGACCGAAGUGCGGAACAGCGGGGAAGAGACGCGCCACGAGCAUUUCAAUGUGCUCGAGUAUGAUCCCUAUGCUGGAGGAGAGGAUAGGCUGGGGGGAAAUGCUUUUGACCACCUCUGGAUCUGA